UUAUUCUUGUGUGUGUAUACAGCGACAGGAGGGAAGGAGAAUUAUGGUUAGAGGGUAGUGCAGUAUCUCUUCCUCAUUUUGAGAAUAAAAAGAAAUUAGCUCAAUUAUUAGCACAUAAUUCAGUACCAACAAGAAAUAGUUUAUUAGCUGUAUGUACAGCUAAAGAUAUUAUACAUUAUGCUAGUCAUAAUGUACAACAAUUAUUUUCUCUUCUUGAGGCAGAAUUCACUCCUCUUAAGUUAUGCUCAUUAGCUGAGCCAUUAUUAUCAUCAUUAGCUGAUGAUCCUUUAUUAAGUCCUUAUAUAAAUCCAUUAAAACAAAUAGUAUUUGCUCAGCUGUCUAGGCAGCUAUCUAGGGUGUAUGUAUCCUUAUCUAUUGAUCAUUUUACUAAAUAUAUUUGUCCUGAGUCUUUCUUAUCAUGGCCAGAGGCAGAGAAGUUAUUAGUAUCAUUAAUACAUACUAGUAGGAAGGCAGCAGCAGCAGCAGAUGGUUGUAGUAGUGCUGCUGCUGCUGCUGCAGCAGCAGCAGCAGCAGAUACAGGCGCAUUCAGUGUACGUAUUGAUUAUGCAUCCAAGGCUCUUAUCUUUGCUGAGCCUGAUGUAUACCCAGAGUCUUAUCUUAGAUCUUCUCUUGCUUCUCUAUCAAGAGCACUAGAUAGGGUUGUGGAGACACUGCAACCUGAGGAUACAGUAGAGAGACAACAAGAACGAUUAGCUUAUCAACAGGCUAUGCCUAAACGAUUAGAGGUAGAGGCAGCAAAGAUGAGUAAGCAGCAGCAGCAGCAACAGCAGCAACAGCAACAGCAACAGCAGCAGCAGCAGCAGCAGGUGCUGCAGCAGGUGCUGCAGCUGGUAUAUCCUGUACUGUAG